CGCCCGCCUAGCAGCGCGCGCGCAGGCUAGGGCGGAACGAAUUAUCGAUACGGUUUUACAGUCAAAAAUGUAUUACUUGAGUGGGAACAAAAUAAAAGAUAUAAAUUAAACUUAAUUGUAAGCUGAAGUGAAAACGUAAAUAAAGUACGCGUGUGUUAUUAUUGGUAACUUCCAUAAGGAAGUUAAACUUCAAAUUGAAAGUGAAACGGUAUUAACUGUGUGUGAGGGUGAAUUACUUACUUGUAAAGCUAAAGCUUAGCUUAAUUUAAAAAAAAAUGAAUAGUUCAGUGUAGACAAUAAGAAGGCAAUGUAUCACUAGUAGCAAAUCACGAAAUGCAUUCCGUUACAUUCUGUCUCGCCCCGCCGAACUCCGCACGUGCGUUUAUUUUCAUUUAUAAAUAGGGCAGACGCAGCUGCAGCAUGAUGUCAUUGAAAGAAAGCAGUGACGUCACUGACGGCCACGAGAAAGAGAAAGAUUUGGCGGAGCUUCCUCCGAGCGGGACAUCUCUGCACAAGCGGCGGAGAGGCGAGCCUCCUGCAUCCCUCUCAGUCAAGCCGCAGACUCCUUCUGACGAGGGAUCCUCACCAUGCACCGCCGGACCCAGCUUAGAAUACUCCUGGUCACUACCCGAAGGAGAAGUCCUCGAUCCAGAAACCCUAUGCGAAAGCAUGCUCCAAAGACUAAAAGAUCGAGACGACUUAGCUUCUAAACGCGGCAAAGAUCUCGCUGUCAAAACAAAAGAUACCGUCGAAGCGUUGGAACAGCUAGAGAAGCUAGUUCAACUGCUGGAUCAGUUUGUAAGUUUAAAAGAGCACAACGCCCGUCUUUUAAAAAAGUUGCGAGACGUGAACCAUUUGAAGCGUCUGCAUGAAAUGUAUAAGAAGAUAGAACAGGAGAAUGUGUUGUUGAAGUCGGAAGCUAAGGAGAUGCAGAUGAUAAACGAAGCAUUUGAUGCUGAGUUGGAAAGCGAGUACGGUCAGGCGAUGUUUGACAGUAUAAUGGCUGGGGGGAGGAGUAUGAAGAGGUCGGGGUCGAAGUGGAAGAGCCAUGGGAGGUUCGGGGGCUCGCUGCUGAGGCGACAGAGGGCGCGGUCGGCGGGAGGGGAUGAGAGUGACGCGACGCCCGGCACGCCGCUAAGAAGACGGUCAGAAGGCAUUUUUUGCAAGGAAGUGGAGAAAUCUAAAGUUUCUAAGUGGACUAAAGUGAAGGCUGCUUUUAGAUGGGAGAAAGCCCAAUGGCCUCAAACAACCGGCAGCGCAGUGGCGUGCGGCGCGAUGGUGGGAGUAGUUGCUCUCGCUGGUUCAUCACCAACCGGCAUGGGGUCGUCUCCACCAAGCCUGGCGCACCCUGAAAGAGAUUCAGCAAGUCUCACUCCAGGCAGUGCGCUGUCACUCACGCCUAAUUCAAGCUGCGAGGAGUUGAGAGAACCAGGUAAGAACAACUAA